AUGAAAAAUAGAGUUCCCUUGAGAGAAUAAAAGCCAUUUGCCCAUCUUUAAUAAAAAUAGGAUAUUAAAGAAGAGAAAGGACCUGCAAAUUUUGUUGUCCCAGUUCAAACAACAAACAAAAGAAAAUCAAAUUUGCUCAAUAAUAAAGCAUUUGUAGCAGCAAUUAAAAAGGCUUGGCAAACUGGAAAUUUGGCCCUGGUGCAUUAUGAUUUAUAGGAUUUUCCUGAUGAGAUAAUUAAUAUUGACACCAUUAAUUUGGAGGGCGAAGAAUGGUGGUAGAAGUGUCCAUUAACAAAAUUGGAUUUAACCAAUAAUAAUAUUCAAGAUAUCCCUCUAUAUGAUACGUAAACCUUUAUUGUAAACUACUUAGAUUAUAAGAAUUAUAAGUGUUAAGACUGGGAAACAAUAAAAUUGGCAGAUUUCAUUUUGAUUUGACAAAGCAAUUUUAAAAUUUGAAAUCAUUAACACUUCAAAACAAUCAAUUGAUAGAAUUCUCAUGUCGUCUAGAUUCCAUAGUCGAAUUAAAUUUAGCAGAUAAUAAACUAACAGGAAUUGACAACCUCUACUUCCCAAAUUUAGAAAUACUAGAUAUCUCCAAUAAUUAAUUUGCACAACUUCCAUCGUACUUACCUCCUUUGAUCAAAAAGAUAUCUGCCAUCGGAAAUAAAAUACAAGCAAUCAAAUAAUCAGAUUUAAUAGAAUGCAAGAAAUUAGAAGACCUUCAAUUGUCUAAAAAUCAAAUAGCAUUCAUAGAAGAAGGAGCAUUUUACAAUUUAAUUCAAUUACGAGUAUUGGAUUUGAAAGAGAACAAACUUAAGUAUUUUACCCAGGAGUUACUUGGAGAUAAUCAUGAGUGUUUAGACUCAAUUCAGUUAUCUUUUAAUUAAUUGGAUGUUUAUAAUUGCUAUGUAGGAAUUCAAAAUUUAUCAGUUCUNUUUCACUAGUGA